AUGCAGCAGCAACAGCAGCAAAUACAGCAACAACAGCAGCAAACACAGCAACAACAGCAAAUACAACAGCAACACAUGCAGCAACAGUUUACUCCCCCUCCACCACCUCCCCCCCUUCAACUGGGAGUGCAACAGCAGCUACAAGUGUCGCUCCAGCAAACCUGGCAGGAGCAACAGCAGCAAAUACAGCACCAUCACCAGCAGCUUACACAGCAGCACCCCUUGUUGCAGAAGCAGCCGCAGCAGCGACACCAGCAACAGCAGCCUCCAAUGCAGCAACAGCAACAGCAGCCUCCAAUGCAGCAACAGCAACAGCAGCCUCCAAUGCAGCAACAGCAACAGCAGCCUCCAAUGCAGCAGCAGCAACAGCAGCCUCCAAUGCAGCAACAUUUUCAUGCAUCGCAGCCACCUCCCCCCUUGCCACCACCACCCCCUGUGGCUCCUUGCUCCUCCAACAGAA